AUGGAAAUCGAUUUUGAAAUGCUCAAACCAUCAACAUUACGUGAAUUAGAAGCUUAUGUUAAUCAAGUUAUUAAACGAAAACCACGUAAACAACCAAAUACAUCUGAAAAAACAACAUCAAAAACGGCAGCAUCAGCAGCUAAUGCUGAAAAACGUAAUCUUUCCAAAGCUCAAAAUGCACAGAAAAAAGAAGAAAUACAAAAACGACUUGAAAAAGUACAAACACAAUUAGGUACUAAAACUAAACAACCAUCUGGUAGUUCAUUAACAAAACGAGAUUCAUCAAAUUUUAAUUCAAUCGGUGCUACAACUGGUCUUAUAAAUGCUCCUUCAAAUCAUCCAUUAUCAUCAGGAGCUGCACCGAUAUCAACAAAACGUUUAAGUGAAAGUUCACCAUCAGAAAGCGAUUCUGAUUCAUCACGCAAUGGAGAUGAUACUGACUCCGAGUCAGGUUAG